UGACAAAUGAACUGGACUCUGAGAGUGGCCAGUUUCUAAGCAGUGAUCAAAGACACAGCAAAGGUGAUUUGUGCUGACAAAGCAAGUUGAGUGGUGUUUGAAUUGGGGCAUAUUUACUUUGGAAAAUACACAGCAACAGUCCAGCACCAAAGUUCACACCGAACCCUGCUGAAGACCCUGGCUGAUUUCAUCUCUGUAACUCGGCUUCUCAGAAGUACAGAGCAGCUUCAGCUCUGCCAAAAUGAAGCACCCAUUCAACCCUCUUCUUGUUUCUCUCAUCGUAACAUUUGUGUGUGGUGGGAGUAAAGGCCUUGCUGAUCCGAUAAAUAAUAAAAACCUUAGCAUGCCCCUUUUGCCUGCUGACUUCCACAAAGAAAACACAGUCACCAAUGACUGGAUUACAGAGGGGGAGGAGGACGAUGACUAUCUGGACCUGGAGAAGUUAUUCAGCGAAGAUGACGAUUACAUUUACAUCAUCGAUGCGGUUUCUCCAACAGACUCAGAAUUGAGUGCUGGGAACAUUCUGCAGCUUUUCCAAGGCAAAAGCCGGAUCCAGCGUCUUAACAUCCUCAAUGCUAAGUUUGCCUUCAACCUUUACCGAGCACUGAAGGACCAGGCCAACACUUUUGAUAACAUCUUCAUUGCACCUGUUGGCAUUUCUACUGCGAUGGGGAUGAUUUCCUUAGGCCUGAGGGGAGAGACCCAUGAACAAGUGCACUCGGUUUUGCAUUUUAAAGACUUUGUGAAUGCUAGCAGCAAGUAUGAAAUCACAACCAUUCACAACCUGUUCCGAAAGCUAACUCAUCGCCUCUUCAGGAGAAACUUUGGGUACACGCUGAGGUCAGUCAAUGACCUUUAUGUCCAGAAGCAGUUUCCCAUUCUGGGUGACUUCAAAACUAAGGUGAGAGAGUUUUACUUUGCUGAGGCCCAGGCAGCUAACUUCUCAGACCCUGCCUUUAUAUCAAAAACCAACAACCACAUUCUGAAGCUCACCAAGGGCCUCAUAAAAGAAGCUCUGGAGAAUAUAGACCCUGGUACUCAGAUGAUGAUUCUAAACUGCAUCUACUUCAAAGGAACCUGGGUGAAUAAAUUCCCAGUGGAAAUGACACACAAUCACAACUUCCGGCUGAGUGAGAGAGAGGUGGUCAAGGUCCCCAUGAUGCAGACCAAGGGGAACUUCCUUGCAGCAAAUGACCAGGAGCUUGACUGUGACAUCCUCCAGUUGGAGUACGUAGGGGGCAUCAGCAUGCUAAUUGUGGUCCCACACAAGUUGUCCGGAAUGAAGACUGUUGAAGCACAGCUGACACCACAGGUGGUGGAGAGAUGGCAAAAAAGCAUGACAAACAGAACUCGAGAGGUGCUUCUGCCUAAAUUCAAGCUGGAGAAGAACUACAAUCUCGUGGAGGCCCUGAAGUCAAUGGGGAUCACAGAACUGUUUGACAAAAACAGCAACAUGUCAGGAAUCUCAGACCAGAGGAUCACCAUCGACUUGUUCAAGCACCAAGGCACCAUCACAGUGAAUGAGGAGGGUACCCAAGCUGCAGCUGUGACCACAGUGGGAUUCAUGCCAUUGUCUACUCAAGUCCGUUUCACUGUCGACCGCCCCUUUCUGUUCCUGGUCUAUGAACACCGCACCAGCUGCCUGCUCUUUAUGGGGAGAGUGACCAACCCUGCUAGGUUUUAAUGGUGGCAGUCUGGGCACCUAGCAUGUUUUGGGGGCACUCUGUAAUUGCUUCCAUUCUAACAACGAAGACAGAAAUGUUUUGGCUUCAUGACUUCUGUGAUUUAUGCUACCAAUCUGAAUUCAAGGUCCAUAUGAGAGAAG